CUCCUCCCCCUCCCCCAACGAUGAAAAUCAACCCACCCCCCUCGGCGCCCUCGCCACCCUCUACGACGCCUCCUGCAUCGUCUCGUCCGACCAACGUCUCUUCCACCGUCUCCCAAACCUCCUCCAACCCAUCGCCCCCGAAACCCUCGACUUCUUCGCCUCGUUCGCGAGUCUCAUCGGUCCGGAUAGUGCCAUCCUCGGCGAACAUUACUUCACGGCCUCCGGGACACCAUUCUUCGAUUUGCGAUUCGGGGGGAAUGCGGAUUGGAUCGCGGCGAAGAAAGUGGCGAGUGUGGUUUCUCCGAAGGCGAGUGUCGAUGUGCCGUGGUUGAAGUUGGUGGGGGUGGGUGGGGUGGGGGUGAAGGAAGUCUAUCGAGUUUAUACGGCCGGGGGAGCAAGUCCGGCGAUGUGUGAGGGGUUGAAUGGGGUGGUGUCGGUGGAUUAUGCGGCGGAGUAUUGGUUUUACGGAUGA